GCCCACACGACUUGGCUCCCCUCAACAUCCAGUGGCGACCUAGCCUCACGUGCCUUCUGGUGAAGAAUUAAGGGGAGUGUCUGUGAGCCAUGAUGUCACUCUGCCAGUGGAAUGCCCCGGGCACAGUGCUGCUAGUUCUGGGCUGGGCACUGGCCACAAGUCAGGAGUAUGACUACUACGGCUGGCAGUCGGACAACUUCCAGCAUGGACGCUUCUACACCAAGCAGCCACAGUGUGUGGACAUCCCAGCUGACCUGCAGCUCUGCCACAAUGUGGGCUACAAGCGCAUGCGCCUACCUAACCUGCUAGAUCACGAAUCUAUGCCUGAGGUCAAGCAGCAAGCCAGCAGCUGGGUGCCCUUGCUAGCCAAGCGGUGCCAUUCAGACACGCAAGUGUUCCUGUGUUCUCUCUUCGCACCUGUUUGCCUGGACCGGCCCAUCUAUCCAUGCCGCUCUCUUUGUGAGGUAGUGCGUGACUCAUGCGCACCUGUCAUGGAAUCCUAUGGCUUCCCUUGGCCUGACAUGCUCAGCUGCAACAAAUUCCCCUUUGACAACGACCUGUGCAUCGCUGUGCAGUUUGGAAACAGCCAGGCUACUCAGCCACCAGUGUCCAAGAUCUGCACCCAAUGUGAGAUGGAGCACAAAGCAGACGGCAUAAUGGAGCAGAUGUGUUCCAGUGAUUUUGUGGUGAAGAUGCGCAUCAAGGAGGUCAAGAAAGAGAAUGGGGAGAGGCGCUUGGUGGCUGCUCAGAAGAAGAAAAAGCUGCUUAAAGUAGGGCCACUGAAGCGCAAAGACACCAAGAAGCUGGUGCUACAUAUGAAGAACGCGGGUGCUUGCCCCUGCCCCCAGCUUGAUGACCUCAGUGGCAGCUUCCUCGUGAUGGGUCGGAAGGUGGGUGGGAGACUGCUGGUCUUGGCCAUUUACCGCUGGGAGAAGAAGAACAAAGAGAUGAAGUUUGCUGUCAAAUUCAUGUUCUCCUACCCUUGUUCCAUGCAUUACCCCUUCUUCUAUGGGGCAGAACCCCACUGAAUCUUCACUCCUCUUGAGAGCCCUGCUCACUCUUGCUCACAACACUACAUACCCUUUCAGUUUCACAC